UAGAAUCAGUCGGGGGGAAAAUGGCGGCGAGUGUCAGUGGGACUGUAUUGUCAUCCCUCUUCUACGAUCAAAUAAACAGUCCAGGGGAUCAAGAAGGUUAUCUUUUGGGGAAAAUUGUCAACCAUGUUCAAGAUAAGAUUAGUGACUCGCAGAUCAGCAACUGCAAAGUUGAAACUGUCAUAUAUGUCUAUUCGUACCUGCCUUGGCCAAAUGAGGACCGACUCUACAACUCAGUCGGACGAGUGGAUCCAACCAAAGCAAUGACGCUUUUGCAAGGGAAGCACCAGGAUUUGAUUGGUUGGUACAAGUUUCGUCGAAAUUCAACUCUACGUCCGUCACUGAGAGAAACUAACCUGCAUCGUAACUUAAUCGAGAGUCUGCCUGUGGAGGAAGAUGGUAACUUCCUCUUCCUCCUGUGCUCCGCCUCCCUGUCCUACAAUAAGGCCACCCACACUUUCGACCAUGCGCUUCUUCGUAACCACAAUGGUAAAUUCCAGAAGGUUGCAAUGAGAGUGAUCAACUUGGGAGACACCACCCACACAGAGUACAAGACUCGAGGCAACCUGACCGUCAACCCCCAGGGGGGCUCACUCACCACAGUUAUCAACCAGUUCCAGGGUGAGUUUAUGUCUGGUUCUGGUGCCAUGCUUGAGAUCAACAAGAUUCAGGGAAUGUCUACAAGCCUCCACACAAGACUACAGGGGCUUUCGCAGCAGGUGGAGAAGAGUGAGGAGAGUCUGUCUGCUCUGGAGGAAGAAAUCAAACUGAUGUCAUACCGACUCCUGGAACAGGAAGAGAAGAUGAAAGCGGAGAGAAAAGCUGCACAGAAACCCCCAAGUCCCACGCCAGCAGAAGUUGUCUCCCCUGUCAGCCCAGUGACUGCCCAGUCCUUCAAGGUGAACACUGGUCGAAGUGAACACAGACUGAGAGUCAGUAUUAGUGAGACCAGCCGAAGACCCAGACAGAUCAGCAUUGAAGAAGAUGACACUGAUCGUCCUGAGGCCACCAAAAAAAGCCCUGACGUCUGCUUGUUGGACCUGGAGGAGAAGGAACAAGAGUGCCGAGUUGAUCGUGCAAUCUUACAGCCUGUUAGCAACAGCAUGGAUGUUGAUGGAGGACGGGUGCAGCGGACUAGGUCGAGGAAAGCGAAGUCAGAAGGUGUUGACGACAGUGGCCAACAAGAAACCCCUCAGCCGGCUCAAGGUUCUGCUGGUGUGACCACAAAGGAAGACUCAGACAGCAGUCAAUCAAAAGAUGCUUUUUCAUUUGUGAAUAAUAUUAUAGAAAAGGAAAAAGUUCAGUUAGAGCAACCAAGUAGCAAGACCAGCAGUCAUGAAGUUGGGAAGCCCACAGUGAAACGAGAGGCUAAUACAAACAGUUCAAAUGUUACCACUGCCCGGAGGCCUCAUUCAAGAGCUGAGGCCCAGGCUGCAAGGUCGCUGAAAGCUGAAAUGGGGGGGAAAAGUGGGUCUACCGCCAGGGUAGGGUCCCCAUCUCCAAGAAUUCGACAACCAGCUAAAACAACCACAGUUACUGGUGCUUCAGCAGCAGAAGUCAAAGGUGAAAGGUCAAGACCUCAAAGAGUUAGGCCAAGGCCAGGUCAGGGUGUGAGGUCAAGGUCACGUGAAAGUCCAACAGGAAGCCAGAGGCUAGGGACAAGUAUUGCAAACGUUAGUAGGACAAAAUCUGCUAGCCCAAGUCACUGUAGAGCCCCUGUCAGAAAGACCACGUGUGAGAAUGGAACAGAUGGUGGAAGUGUGAUCGACGACUCAAAAUUAUCAUCAUCACCUGUGUUUUAGAUGUUUUGCAUUCAGGCUAAAUUCUGCUCAUUCCAUGGUAUAAGAAGUGUUAUAUUUUUAUUCCCCCAGUCUGUAGAGUGUGGCACUGUAUCCUCAGAUGGGAUGGUGUAUUCUGAGCUAAUGUCUGCUUUAAGGAUUGUCUUUUCAGUGCACAGGUGAGAUAUAAAGUUUCAAUCAGGCCAGUCCACCAUAUUUUCCCCCCUUUAUUUUCUAGCAAACAUUCAGGAGGCAGGCAGAAACUGAAAACUGUUAUGAGGCUGGAUGUUAUUUCCUUUGAAAGUAAACAGUAAAUACUAUGUAGAAUGAUCUCCACAAACAAGCAUUUUUUCAAUCCCAACUGAAUGUUAUUAUUGUUUUGUUAUCUUUAACAUACGGUGGGCUCAUGAAACAAGAAAAUAUGUUGGACUUGUAAUUUACAGACAUGUAUAUUAUCAUCAUGCAGGGAAUAUUGUUCUGUGGAUGACAGUAAAGAUAACUUGCAAGGAAAAUCACUUACUGAAAACAAACUAACCAUUGCAGGUGUCUAGUUUCAAGAAACAGGUGACAAUCAGCUUUGUACCAUCAGUAAUAUUUUUAAAAUUAGGAAUUAAAUUAAGGUGUCAUGACUUAAGCUUUUAAAAUAUAUAUAUAUAUAUAUAUAUGAUUCCAACAGCAAACCUCAUGGAUCAUGUAAGUGUAUGUUUACAUGUAACAUUUAUGGUCACUUUGUGGGACUGGGAUUGGUUCAAUUUCUGACAGGGCCUGGGAGUCAAAGUGGUGUGAUCAAGACUGGUCGCAUGGCACUUCAUUGCCUCUAAACAGGGACCUGCGGGGUUAUUUUCACUGUUUCAAUAUGUGACGUAAUUGUUAGUUUCUAGUAUAUUACCAGUGCAAAGCAAUAACUAUUUGGUGUACAGUUCUGGGUUUUGCACUAACAAAUGUCUGUAUGUUUUACAUCGUAUUCACAAAGUGGGGAUCAAGGAAUAAAAUUCCAGUCAACAUGCUCAGAGACAUGUUCAUUAGAAGAAAAGAAAAAGAUAUUUCACAGUGCAUAUAUCAGUCAAUAUCUUCAUGAUUAGUAUCCUGAUAAGAAAAUAUGUCAUUACUCCAAUUGUAAACUCAUAGAUUGAUCAAUAUUACUUAAGUAAUCAACUUUCAUCAAACUUAUACUGCCAGCUUUCUACAUUCUAACUGAUGGUAAUUAUGUGAGUAUCCUGUUCUAUUCUUCAGUAUUUAGACAAAUGGUCAGUUUUUGAAAAUAAGUUAUUUUGCUAGAAACAAGCAAUUCCAAUUAAAUUUAAAAGGAUCCAAAGUGAGAUGGGAAAUUAAUACCUGCAAACCAAUUUUUUGAAAAUCUAGAGUUCAAUUAUAGUUGUAGCGUCACAGUAAGGGCUUGGGAUAUGGGAAAACACUAUGGAACUCUGUGACAAGUGGAUAUUAUAUUAUUGUUGUUGCUGUUAUUCUGUGGCCUAUUUAAAGGAGUUUUCAUGGUUUUAAUACUUGGCUUGUGGACACCAUAACAGUUCAUUGGGUUUCACUAAUGUGGUAACGUUUGGGAUCAUGCAUUAAGCCGACUCAUUUUAAUAAGAAAGUAAAUGUCAAAAGCCUAUUAAAACUCAUUUAUUAAGUGUGGACUGCUGAAUCAGAUUACCACCUAAUACAGAAUAAUUGUCAGUAUGUCAAAGACUGGCAUGUUGUGUGUGACUGUACCCUCAUGACAAUGGGGCUUCAGUGGAGCGUCUCAUUGAAAACACCAAGCUUGUUAUCCCAGUGGCUAGAUCUAGGUUGACUAGUCAUCAUUCAGUUUUCCAUGUAUAAUUUUAUUCGUGCAAUAAUAUCGAUGACAAAAUCUGUACAUGGUCCAUCAGUUAUUGCUUGAGGCAGUUGGCAGUGAUAUCUUAAUUGCAGUAACAACACCCAAAAACAAAAAAACUUAACAAGUGCCACAAUACUUAUUAACAGAAUUUGUGAUUUUUUCAUGACAACAUAGAUCAUAGGUUGUGAUGGUUGCAGAAUGUCAUCUGUAAUUUGGCAUUUUGGAAUGAUAAAUGUUAAACCUCAUCUUUUGGUGUUUGGUAUCAAAUAUUUUAUUGGUGUCAAUCAGCAAGUGUGAAAAGAAAUUGAUGCAAUGUAGUAUCUUAAAAAUAAGCUGAUUACUGCUUGUCUACAGAAAUAUGUGGAAUAUUACUUCUGAGAGUGUUAGCAGGGAUUAUGAUUCUUUUAAACAAGUGUUAAAAUAAUUCCUUUAAAAAACAGUAUUUGUUUAAUGGAUAAUCCUAAAACAACUUGUUGAAUGUUGCCUGUAACCUUGGUAACUCAAAGGGCAUGUUGAAUAUUACCCACACAAGAUGGACAUUUUGAAUGUUGCCCAUAACAGAGGCACAUGUUGAAUGUUUCCUAUAACAGACUCUUGUUGAAUGUCUCCAAUAACAGAGGCAUAUCUUGAAUGUUGCCCAUAAUAGAAGGACAUGUAGCUUGUCUAUAAGAAAGAACUUUUGCCCACAGAAAGACAUGUUGAAUGUCUUGUAUUCUGUAGUUAGUGUAGAGUUCUGAGUUCUUCAGUAACAGGAACACAGUGUGAUUUAUUAUCAGAAUUGGAAAGGCAGCAUCAGUGAACCAUGCACAUCCUCUUGUGGACCGUUUGAUUUAUUUUCUUGAUGAUUUUUGCCCAGAUUAAUGGACAAAUUAUUUGUUGUCAGAUGCCAAUGUUUGAAGCUACAAUCCAAACAAUUAUGACUCAUGGGAAAACGAUUUUGUAUUUGUGUAUUGAAAAACAAAUAAAAAUAAUUGGUAUACAUACCCCUGUCCUCCCGGGACGGAAUUGUCAAUGAAUUCACCAGCAUGACGUCAUAAUAAUUAUAGCUAGAAGCUUGAAGAUGAUGAUUCCAGUAUUUUCUGGUCCUUGUGUGUUUGGAUGUGUGAGUGAGGGAAAGAUUCAUUGGUCAGUAUGUUUAUUACCUGAAUAAUGUUGCAUUAUUUGAUCCAAGUGUGACGUGUAUCUGUAUAUGUCUUCAUUUGCUUAGUGAGCUUAAACAUUGAUAUAUAUCUAAGUAUUCUUCAAAGAAAUAUCCUAAUCAUGUACUGGAGUUUAGAUUUGUUCUAUUUACAAUGCAAAAUAGCGAAAUUGUAAGAGAAUAUUUUUAUUGAAAACUGCGAUCAAUGUAUGAAUUGUUACUUGAUGUGAGUCUUGGAAGAGUAAUACGACCAACUAAAUAUCUUAUUAUUGACCCCAAGGGGAUUCCAAGAAAGAUCAUAUCCAAGUAACCAAUGCUUGUCACAAGGAGAAUGGAUGGAAAGGCUUGGUGAUUCGGUGAAUGUGGUUGUACUUACGUGACCUUGCUCAAUAUUAAUCGCUGGUCUGUCUGAUCCUGACUUAAUUAUAACACCAUGUUGAUGGAGUAUUGCUGACUGUUGCGUUGUCCAGUAAAAUACAAGCAGAUUGUAAAGUAAAUGUUUUCACAGAAUUACAAACAAAUCAUGUCUGGAAGAGCAUAUGUUAAGAUUCAAAUAUUAGAAUACUAACCUUAAGGAAGAACAUUCCAAAAAUCAAAAUUAUGUUAUCCAUAAUUUACAACAGUAAGGGUUAAUAAGAUGGCUGUGGACUCUUUGAUUAAUUGGCUCACACGAUAUGAAUACAGAAUUUGUAUUCAUCAACUAUUGUUUUCAGGUUAACUAUUUUGUCCGUAGGUAAUGCAAGUUGUUGGGAGAAUAUGACUUGAACUGAUACUCGAGUGUUGCAUGUUUGUGCCUAAGGCUACAGUGAAGAUUGGUUGCUAUGGUGGCAGUAACCAUGGUAGCACUGCUGUGUUGCUAUAGAUGGUAAGGACAUGUAACCAGGGUUUUGUUACAUAUUAGAUACGUUUAUAAUAAUGAGAUUAAAGUAUUCUGCUACAUACUACAUGUAUGAUAACUUAUUUAGUCUUUUAUGUGUACAUGUGUAUCAUUUGCCUGUGCCAAACAUUUCUUAGUUUCUUAUCCUGUAAUAAAAUGUUUUUCACGUAA